GGAAGCCUAGUGGCCGGCAGUGGGAGAAGAUGGAUUUUGGCCGACAUUAUGCAAAUGUUUUCAUUUUUCUCAAUACAGUUUUCUGUUCCCAAAACUAGAACCGAGUGGACAAAGUUUGAUAGAUUUUACCUUUUGCCAAAUUGCGUUGUUUAGAAGGAGUGCAAGGGCGAAUUUAGUUAUUGCACAACCGCACUUUACAGAGUAGGUAUCGUUCCCUAACGGAAAUAUGCAAAUACAUGCCCCAAUAGUAUCUCGCUAGCUCGUGCUUGGUUGUUUCCUUCAGUCUGAUUACUUUCACUUUUGUUUAUAGAGCGUAGGCAAGUCAAGGACACAGAAAUAAUAAUUUAUGUAAAAGUGAAUUGAAUGAAAGAUGAGCUACGACCGUGCCAUCACAGUGUUCUCACCUGAUGGGCACUUAUUCCAGGUGGACUACGCACAGGAGGCGGUCAAAAAAGGUUCAACUGCUGUUGGAGUGCGAGGAAAAAAUAUUGUUGUUCUAGGAGUGGAGAAGAAAACUGUUGCCAAGCUCCAAGAAGACAGGACGGUGCGCAAAAUCUGCUCCUUGGAUGACAAUGUCUUCAUGGCCUUUGCAGGAUUGACCGCAGAUGCCAGGAUCAUUGUUAACCGGGCCAGGGUGGAGUGUCAGAGUCACAGGCUCACAGUAGAAGACCCUGCGACAGUAGAGUACAUCACACGCUACAUCUCCAGCAUAAAACAGCGCUACACCCAAAGCAAUGGGCGGAGGCCCUUUGGCAUCUCCUCCCUCAUUGUGGGAUUUGAUUUCGAUGGAACACCCCAUCUGUACCAAACAGACCCCUCAGGAACAUACCAUGCCUGGAAGGCAAAUGCCAUUGGAAGAUCUGCCAAGACUGUUCGGGAGUUUCUAGAGAAGAACUAUAAAGAGGAUAUGGAGUCCGAUACAGACACCAUUAAGCUUGCCAUCAGAGCGCUACUUGAGUUCGCACCCUGUGUUCGCAGGUUGUCCAGUCAGGGGGAAAGAACAUUGAGCUAGCCAUUAUGAAGCGGGAUGAAUCAAUGAAGAUUCUGGUCCAAGAGGAAAUCGAGGAAUAUGUCACGGCUAUUGAAACGGAGAAAGCAGAGAAACAAAAGAAACCAUGAACACUUUGACCAGUCAUGACAAAAACAAACAUGUGCCUUUGUCCGUCAAUAUUGCAUCAGGAAUCUCAUUCACAAGAACUCUCAUUGUUUCUCUAGCCAUUGCUGGAGGGACACCCAAGGAUUGCAUAUUUUUAUUCUAGUCUGGCAUAAACACCUGAUUUGACUAAUCAGCAGGCUCUUGUUUGGUUGAAUCAGGUAGGCUAUGGUAGUGCUGGUAGACUCCAGUGCUCACAAGGUACUGGGUGUUAAGACAAACAAAAUGCUCCCACCCUGGGAGUCCCAAUGGAAUGGAUUGAGAAACACUGCUGCCCUAAAUGGAUCACAUGCAAUCUUAAGAUUUUACCUUAUUCUUGCAAAGAAAAAUAUCUGCAUUUAAAAACUACAACAUCCACUUACUAUCAUUGAACAGAGAACAAGUGAAUAAGCAAUUUCCCAUGUUUAUUAGAUAUGUAACAAUUGAACACUUAUUUUCUCAAAAUGAUAGAAAACAAACUAAUACAUGGGAAUUCAAUAUUUUUGGCAGACAUGGUCUGUUUUAAUUAAGUUAGGUAUAAUUAUAUUAAGUAAUAUCUACAAUACCAUGAAGUAUUUUACCCUCACCAGUUUCAUCUUCAAAUUGAUCCCUUGAAUAGUUUAGGAAGUUUGCAUGUCAUCCAUUUAUCAGAAUACAGAUAAGGAUAAAAAGCACAAGCAAAUUCAAAACAAUGUCAAAAGCCAAAAUGUACCUCAGGCUCAAAGAAAAUAAAGAAAAAGCAAUGCA